AUGAGAAGUCCAGAAUUAUCAACACGACGAGAAUCAUAUAAUAUUGGCUUUGCAGACAUUUUAACACAUUAUAAUAGAAGAAAGAAGGGUGUUAUUCUAACGAAACGACGAUUAUCGACUUCCGAUGCUGAUGAAACACUCAUUGUUCGGCCAGACCUAUAUGCACGACGUUUUCUAGACUUUAUCGACAAGCAUUGCAUCUAA